AUGGCUUCUACUAAUGACACCAUUGAUUCCGAGCUCUUCGAUGGUCGCUCAGCUGUUGAUAUCUUUGUCAAUAAGAAUCACGGUCAAGGUUAUACCUACGAUGAUUUGAUUUUAAUGCCUGGACAUAUCAACUUUGGUGUUGAUGCUGUUAAACUAGAGACAAAGAUCUCGCGCAAUAUUUCACUGCACUUGCCGCUUGUAUCAUCACCUAUGGAUACAGUAACAGAGCAUGCGAUGGCUAUUGGCAUGGCUUUGCAUGGUGGUAUUGGUAUUAUUCAUUACAAUAUGACCGUAGAAGAACAGGUGAAAGAAGUGCAUUUGGUCAAGAAGUUUAAGAAUGGAUUCAUCACGGACCCCAAGUGUUUAUCACCAGAGGAUACACUCGCUGAUGUAGAUCGCAUUAAGGCUGAGUUUGGCUUUGCUGGUAUUCCUAUUACCAAGACGGGAAAAGUUGGCAGUGUCUUGGUCGGUAUCGUGAGCAAUCGUGACAUUGAUUUUAUUGAAGACCGUCAGACGAAGUUGAAAGAUGUCAUGUCUGAAAACCUUGUGACUGCUCUUGAGGGUGUAUCGUUGAAGGAAGCAAACCGGAUUUUACGUGAGAGCAAGAAGGGUAAACUACCUAUUGUCAAUGCCAAGGGUGAGUUUGUAUCUCUCAUCUCGCGUCGUGAUCUGGUCAAAAAUCGUGACUUCCCACACGCUUCCAAGGAUGAGAAUAAGCAACUACUAGUUGGUGCUGCCAUUGGUACUCGUCCUAAUGACCGCGAACGUUGCGCAGAGUUGGUCAAAGCCGGAGUGAAUCUUAUUGUGAUUGACUCGUCACAGGGAGACUCGACGUUCCAGGUUGACUUGAUCAAGUGGAUCAAGGUGACAUACCCCCAGAUUGACGUGAUCGGUGGAAACGUUGUCACACGUAUGCAGUGUAAGCGUCUUAUCGAUGCUGGUGCGGAUGGCCUCAAGGUUGGCAUGGGUGUUGGCUCUAUUUGUACGACGCAGGAAGUGUGCGCUGUCGGCCGUGCUCAGGCUAGUGCCGUCUACAACACUGCUCGCUACGCUCAUCAGUUCGGUGUACCUGUCAUUGCUGACGGUGGUAUUGCGAGCUCUGGUCACAUUGUGAAGGCUCUUACGGUCGGAGCGUCGGCCGUCAUGUGCGGCUCGCUCUUCGCUGGUACCGAAGAAGCCCCUGGCCAAUACUUCUUCCAGGACGGUGUCCGUUUGAAGAAGUACCGUGGCAUGGGCUCCAUUGAGGCUAUGACACAGGGAUCGUCGAAGCGUUAUUUUGCCACGCACGCUACUGUCAAGGUCGCCCAGGGUGUGAGCGGCUCCGUGGUGGACAAGGGAUCACUGAUGAAGUACGUUCCAUAUUUGCAACAAGGCAUUAAGCACGGCCUGCAGGACCUGGGUCAGGUUUCCCUGGCUUCCGUGCAUGAGGCGCUUUACAACGGAGAUCUCCGCUUUGAACUCCGGACGCCUGCUGCCCAGCGUGAAGGCAACGUUCACUCGCUGCAUGCGUACGAGAAGCGUUUGUACUAA